CUCUCAGUUUCACCUUGUUCUGAUAAUAUUUUUUCUUCUUAGGUAUCAUAUGGGUCAGAAUUAAGCAACCGUGGCCCCACCUUUGACAUGGAUUUAUCUGAUUUUUUGGAUGGGGAAGAACCAAUAUCGUAUGAAAAGGCAAGGGAAUACUUCUCUAGAGAUCCAUCCCAAAGGUGGGCUGCAUACGUAGCAGGAACGAUUCUUGUUUUGAUGAAGGAACUGGGCAUCCGCUUUGAAAAUAGUAUUAGCAUGCUGGUUUCUUCUGCUGUCCCAGAAGGGAAAGGGGUGUCUUCAUCAGCAUCUGUGGAGGUUGCCAGCAUGUCUGCAAUUGCUGCAGCCCAUGGAUUGAAUAUCAGCCCACGGAAACUGGCCAUACUAUGCCAAAAAGUAGAGAACCAUGUUGUCGGAGCUCCGUGUGGUGUAAUGGACCAGAUGACGUCUGCGUGUGGUGAAGCAAAUAAACUUCUUGCUAUGAUUUGCCAGCCUGCUGAGGUACUUGGUCUUGUGGAUAUUCCUGACCAUAUAAGAUUUUGGGGAAUAGAUUCAGGAAUUAAACACAGUGUCGGAGGUGCAGAUUAUAAAUCUGUAAGGGUUGGAGCAUUUAUGGGCCGAGAGAUUAUCAAAUCUAUUGCGUCAACAUGUUUAUCUCCGUCAUCUUCAUCUAAUAACGGGGCAAAUCAUGAUGAACCUGAAGAAUAUUCCAUGGAACUGCUUGAAGCAGAGGGUUCGUUAGAUUACCUGUGCAACCUUUCACCACAUAGAUAUGAAGCUCUUUACGGGAAGAUGCUGCCUGAAUCUAUGUAUGGUGAUGUGUUCCUUGAAAAAUAUGUGGACCAUCAUGAUCCUGUGACAGUUAUUGAUAAAACACGUAACUAUGGAGUCAAGGCAGCUGCCAGACACCCUAUAUAUGAGAACUUUCGUGUUCAGGCAUUUAAAGCAUUGCUAACAUCUGCAACUUCAGAUGAUCAGCUCACAUCUCUUGGAGAGCUAUUGUAUCAGUGCCACUAUAGUUACAGUGCGUGUGGACUAGGGUCAGAUGGAACAGAUAGGCUUGUUCAGCUAGUACAAGAGGUUCAACAUGGCAAGGCCUCAAAAUCUGCAGAAGGGACUUUAUAUGGUGCAAAAAUCACCGGUGGUGGGUCCGGUGGAACAGUUUGUGUGAUUGGCAGGAAUUCUCUCCGGAGCAGUGAGAAGAUUCUUGAGGUUCAACAGAGAUACAAGGCGGCAACUGGCUAUAUGCCUAUUGUAUGUGAAGGUUCAUCGCCCGGUGCCGGAAAGUUUGGGUAUCUAAGAAUACGACAUCGCAAACCUUCCAAGCAAACGCUGAGUGCGAACUUGCAGUAGUUAAUAAAGAGAGGUAUAGAGAUCAUCUGCCAAGUGCUAAGAAUAUAAAUUCCUAAGGGACACAACAAUGUAUUUAUUUAUGCACACCCCAUAAAAAAUGUAUUUAUGCCAAAUAAAUAUGGUUGUUGAUUACCAUAUACAUUUAUUUAAUGCAUAAAAAGGUGAAGUUUUA